AUGGACUGUCAAACUACAUACAGGAGUAAUGGAAAGGAGAAGGAGCAAGCCGCUUUCAAGCGCAGUUCAAUUAUGCAAAGGUCUCCGACCUUGACGACUGGGACGCCGACGAGGAGACUUAAAACCUCCCCUCCGCCGGUGCCGUUCAAGGCUGUUAGUGACACCGGAUCGUCGUCCGGAUCCGGAAAGAGGAAAGAAGAGGUCGAUCUGGCGAUGGAGGUGACCAACCCGGAAACACCUCAAGGAAUUCCUCCCAGCAACAGCUCUCUUCGUGCGGCAUUCGGUCUGCAAAUGCUUCAGCAGCAGCAUGACGAUGCCAGCGAAGAGGAGGACCUGUCACUGAAAAAAAUGAAAGCUCUUUUGAAGGAGAUGGCCAAGGCUCUCCUUACUCAGAGGAACGUGAACAAGGCGAUUAAGGAUGGAAUUCCGAAACUCGAUGAUUUCCUUGGUGAAAUCGAGGAAUGCCGGAAGAUCAGGCUGAAGGCGGUGAAGCAGGAGCGCGACAUCAUGAACCGUGUCAUAUCUGAUUCACCUCAAGCUCAAGCUUAUCUGGCUGAGUCUCAGACCCAAGCCAGAAAGCGAGUAAAGCGGCAGAGAGGUUCUUCGCCGGGAAGCCCUGAGCUUAGGGAAUUGGAUCCAGCGCCGAAUCCAGUCUUCUUCUCUGCUUCCACACAGACUGAGGACGUUCCGGCUGCUGAUUUAGUUCCUGCUCCGGUAGGGGUUCCUGCACCAGCAGCUGCUCUAAUCCCAGCGUCAAUCCCAUCGACAUCUCUCAACUCGCAGGGGCCCGCUCCGCAAACACCUUUGGGGAACUGGGAGAGACGCCUGUCAAAAAAGGAGAGGAGACAGCUAAAGCGCGCCGAGGCUGCCUCAAAAAAGACGCCUGCAAAAGGGAAGAAGAAAGUCCAAGUCUCUGAACCGGUUAAGGAGACCCCUAGCAUAACUUCCAGGAAGCCUUCACGACCCAGGCUCAAGAAGCCUAGGCCUGAGGCGAUUUUGAUCAAACCCUUAGGGGGGCGAUCUUUCGCCGAUGUCCUAGGACAGAUUAAAACCCAGGCGAAACCGGAAGAGACGGAGACUACAAUCAAGUCCAUCCGACGAACCCAGAACGGGGAUGUUCUCCUCGAACUGGGAAAAUCGAGGGACAAGGACGGUUUUGCUGCUUCCCUCAAAACCGCUCUUGGUGACAAAGGCUCUAUUCGAACCCUUCAACCGAGAUGUUCAGUUGAGAUCCGAGACCUAGACGCUCUAUCUACAGAGGACGAGGUGAUCAAAGCGUUAAAGAAGGCGCUUCCAGAACUACCGGGAGAAGCGGGAGGUCUCAAGGUCUGGUUGACAAAACCAAAUCGGAGCCAGCAGCGUAUGGCAAUUGCUGAAUUGGGCGAAAAGCACGCUAAUAAGCUGCUUAGCCUCCAGCACCUGAGAGUCGGAUGGGUGAGUUGCAGGCUCAAACAAAGGGUCAUCGUGCAAAGAUGCUACCGGUGCCUAGCGUUCGGUCACUCUUCCCGUACCUGCAGAGGGCCAGACCGAAGUUUCAACUGCCUCCGGUGCGGAGACCAAGGCCACAAGAAGAAAGACUGCACCUCGAGCCUCUCCUGUUUCCUCUGUAAGGAGACAGGUUCUGCUGGGAAUGCUCUUGGUCACUUACCUGGUUCUGGCAAAAGGCAGAGGCCAAUAAUCCGUAUCCUACAGGCCAAUCUUCAAAGAUCCUGGGGGGCUGAUAAUCUUCUAAAUCAGCUCGCCCGAGAACUCGGUGUCGACGCGCUCCUAGUCAGCGAGCAGUAUCGGGACAGGGACCCAGGCAUUUGGAUCCCAGACAGUCUAGGUACUGCAGCUUUCUGGGCCCGGAACUCACAAGAAGUUAUGGUGCGGAGUCACGGACGUGGCCGAGGAUUCGUCUGGAUAAGGUGUAGGGAUGUAACUUUCUUCAGUUGCUACCUCACCCCAAACGAGGCCAUCCAAGACUUCCGCGACAAGAUUGAUUGUUUGGAGGAGAGCGUGCUCGGCACCACUGGGCACGUUGUCGUUGGCGGUGAUUUCAACGCGAGGGCCGUCGAGUGGGGUAUGCCCUCUACCAACUCCCGGGGGAAAUACAUCUUGGACUUCAUCGCCAGGGCCGGGCUCGUCGUCCUCAACCAGGGCGACACGCCUACUUUCAGGCGCCCCGGGCAGAGAGGCACGAUUCCUGACGUAACCUUCGCGUCUGAGUCUCUUCUUUCGAGGAUCUCUGGCUGGAGGGUGGUAGAGGAUUACACGGGUAGUGACCACCAGUACAUUGUUUUUGAUCUGCAUGAUUUAAACCGUAGAGUUUCCGCAUCCCGGGAUGGGCCACGCCGAUGGAACACCAAUAAACUGGACGUGGUCAAGUUCACCGAGGUUAUAUCUCGGGGAGCGCAGGCGAAUCCUGGUGAGGCUGGCGCCGAGGCUUUAGUAACAUCCACGAUGGAACUUUUUGUCUCGGCCUGUGACCGGUCUAUGCCGCGAAAGAAACUCCGCCGUGGCAAGCAACCCGUCUACUGGUGGACUGAAGAGAUUGCGGAGCUCAGAAGAACAUGCCUUAGAGCAAAACAAGAAAGAGGGUUGGUUGUGCUGGUCACAUACAACUUCCUUACACUUCUGUGUCUCGUUGUAUUUUACGCUCAAGAAGAAAGAGAGUUGGUUGUGCUGGUCACAUACAACUUCCUUACACUUCUGUGUCUCGUUGGAUUUUACGCUCAAGAAGAAAGAGAGUUGGUUGUGCUGGUCACAUACAACUUCCUUACACUUAUGUGUCUCGUUGGAUUUUACGCUCAAGAAGAAAGAGAGUUGGUUGUGCUGGUCACAUACAACUUCCUUACACUUAUGUGUCUCGUUGGAUUUUACGCUCAAGAAGAAAGAGAGUUGGUUGUGCUGGUCACAUACAACUUCCUUACACUUCUGUGUCUCGUUGGAUUUUACGCUCAAGAAGAAAGAGAGUUGGUUGUGCUGGUCACAUACAACUUCCUUACACUUCUGUGUCUCGUUGGAUUUUACGCUCAAGAAGAAAGAGAGUUGGUUGUGCUGGUCACAUACAACUUCCUUACACUUCUGUGUCUCGUUGGAUUUUACGCUCAAGAAGAAAGAGAGUUGGUUGUGCUGGUCACAUACAACUUCCUUACACUUCUGUGUCUCGUUGGAUUUUACGCUCAAGAAGAAAGAGAGUUGGUUGUGCUGGUCACAUACAACUUCCUUACACUUCUGUGUCUCGUUGGAUUUUACGCUCAAGAAGAAAGAGAGUUGGUUGUGCUGGCCACAUACAACUUCCUUACACUUUUGUGUCUCGUUGGAUUUUACGCUCAAGAAGAAAGAGAGUUGGUUGUGCGGUCACAUACAACUUCCUUACACUUCUGUGUCUCGUUGGAUUUUACGUUCAAGAACAAAGAGAGUUGGUUGUGCUGGUCACAUACUUCCUUAGACUUCUGG